UGUCACAGGAAGUAUUCGGUUGCCAAGCAACGUAGUUGUCCACCCGGCUCAAACUUUUUCAUGUGAGGUUAGACAAAGAUUAACUUCUUCCCGGGCUUAUCUCAGAGACAAUUUGUGGACGUCAGACCUCAGUACAUAUGCUACAGUCUGUAUUGCCUGGUUGCCAGAAGUGAGUGUUGUGGAAUGACUGCUCCCACUGACGAAGCUCUACAGGGAUACCAUACUGACUAUUACCUCCGUACACAUCGUAACAGCAAAUGGCCUGGCCACUCUCCAACAAAGAAGGAACUUUCUUUCCCAUUUGCCGCAAAUACAGGAGUUGAAAGAUUGGUUGUUUCUCAAAAUGAUGGCCCCUUUAGAGACGAACCCAGUGCUGAGUUAAAGGAGCUCCUCCGCAGAAGCCAACAACUGCAAGAAGAAGAACAAAACCUUCGGAAAAGUUUUGCAGAGUUGGGCGUGACUUCUUUUCCUUUCCGCAUGACAAACGUUGAGCCAAUCAGUCAACCAGCAAAUGCAAGGAAAGCUGUGAUGCUCAACAAACCGGAACCAAAACUGGUCAACAACCAAAAGUCCAAAUUGAGUAAACAUGUCCACAGAUCAAGAGAUGAAAGGAAGAUGCAGAGACCGGAGGAUACUGUCUAUCAACACAUCAAAAACUUGAAAGAUGAAUAUAUGAAGAAUGGAGGUCAAAGUGCUGAUGUGUUGGCCCAAAUGCAGAAGUUGGAGAUGGAAGCCAGACUUCAAGCUAUGAGACAAUAUGAACUGGAGAGAAACCCUCAAGAUAUUCCGAAAGAUUCUGUUACAGACCUCAAGCAACAACCAUCAAUAAACAAAGACAGCUUACCCUCAGGAUUGAACCGACAGCUUAGUGAAAUGGAAGUGAAACAUGAUAAGUUACUUUCCGAGUUGAAUAAGCUACAAAUUCAAAUCCAUGAUUUUGGGAAGAAGACACAAACUGAAGAUGACAUUGAAACACUGGAAAAAGAUCACCGGAAGAAUUUGUUGCUUCUUCACCAAAAGAUUGAAAUUAUUCAACAACAGAAAGAACUGGAAAGACAUCAACGUGACUUGGAUAAGAUUGUGUCUGGGAGUCGAUGGGGUCAGAUAGUCGUGAAGCCAGGCAAAGAAAGCAUGUACAGUCAGUCAAGCAGGGAUGGUCUCUACAUUCAAUACAACUUCAUUGAUGGCCUACCAGAAGAGGCUACCAUUUGUCGGCUGCUCUUACACUGGUUUAAUGGCACCAGUUCAGUCAGUGCAGAGGAAGACCUUACCAUGUCUCCAACGGUGGUCUGUGAUUAUCGCAACAAAUGGCAAGACGGACAGAACAACGUCAAAUACCAAGGAUUUGCAACGUUUGUGAACAAGCAGAUAGUGCCCAGAAAGAUCUACAGUUCCAAACUGUGUGUUGUGGUUGAGGUUCAAAUUGCCAUGAACACCAGUCAAUCACCAGAACGGAACAGUCUGUAUACCCAGGCCUGGACACGGAUUCAUCUCUUCAAUAGAUACCAUCAGCCACAGCUUGGAAAAUUCAGUGUCCCCCUAAAGACACUCCCCAUCAACGCUAAGCUUUCGGCAGCUGAAUUCGAAGCACGGAACCAGUUUGAGGAUGCGGAGCUUUACUAUGAGAUCCAGAAUGUGAAUGAAGAAUUUUCAUCAGAAAGCUUUUAUGAUAGACCACUUUACAGACAGUUCUAUCAGGUUCCGCACCAAGAUCCUGGGCCAUUGCCACCUCCAUCAGCCAGUCCGCCCAGAAGCCAAGGAGGAGAAGGUAGCCAUAUUCCAAGAAACCAAAGACACGGAGGGAGACAAUAGUUACUCUUUAUUGGAGUGAUAUAUAAUACUGUUUCCUACAUCUUGUUAUAUUUAUGUGUGUGGUGUGUGUGUAUGUGUAUGUGUAUGUGUGUGUGUGUGUAUGUGUGUGUGUGUGUGUGUGUGUAUGUGUGUGUGUGUGUGUACUUCGUGUCCCAAAAGUCGCUGAUGGGUUUCAGUUUUUAAUAACUUCCUUAACUUUACAAAUAAAUAUUUGAAAUUUUCAUACAAUAUAAAGGACAUAAUGGAAAUUAAUAUGUACACACCACUACAUCACAUAUGUAAAAUGACAUCGCUUAAAUCGCAGCCAUUUUCGGUUUCACACAUCUGUACUCUUUCCAAAACUUGUACCAUAAUACCCUGAAGAGUUUCAGACCCUGCUUCUCUGAUUCUUCA